GGGAGUAAGAAUAUUUAUAAAAGAUGACCAUUCCUGCUGACGACUACCAGAAAAGACCCUCGCUUAACAAUUCAAUCAAUGUCGAACGAAGUCCCUGAGAAACAACCGUGCGACACGGCGGAGCAUGACCCGACCAGUGUCGCCGUCGAUGGCGAUGACGACAACAGCGACGCAUCAAAUUCUGCCUUAGCGAAGGGGCUUUCUACUAUAAUUUCUUCUAUAAUCCGGGAAUUUGAUGACAGCGCUGCCGCCACUUCUCGUAGUCAAGAUCAGCUCUCUUCCACUCUCGAUCGUCUCACUGGAGAGCUUGACAAACUGCUGGAAGAUGCCCCAUUGCCUUUUAUUAUGCAGCAUGCUGCUAGAAUUUCUGGUGUUAGGAAAAGAAUUACAUCAUUGAAUUCACUUUUGAAGUCUAUACAAAGGCGUCUUGAUAAUAUCGAUCACACAUUAUCUGCUGGCUUGAUACAUGGAAAUGCGUCCAGUUCUCUCUCUCUCUCUAUAUAUAUAUAUGGCAGCAGGGGAAAUAUAUUGUGGUGGACUAAAUGUUUCAAGAGAAGUCAACAGGGGAUGGUGGGCGAGACCAUGAGAACCAUAACAGUCUUCAUUGACGAGUGUUUUGGUGCUGCAAUUCUUUGGUGUGCAAAUCAUUUGCAAGUUGGUGCAUUGCAUUAUUAAAGUACGCAAUAUUAUUAGAAGACGCAAAAUGUGAUAACCUUUGGAUGAGCUGAAUUUUCUCAGUAGUGCUUUCAUGAUGUCCAAAAAGAAGGUUGUUGGUUUUAUGUCAUUGAUGAACUUCUAAAUCAGUUAAUUUGCUAUGUGGUUAUUUUGGGGCAGUUUAUGAUCAAGAUCCUGGAGAAGAUUCAAAUUGCUUUCUCAGUGCCAGUAAAAUCUCCUUUUGAUUGCAAGCAUUUGUAACUGAUUCAGCGUACGGUAUGAAAAUAUGGUCUGAGAUUAUGACAUUCUGGCUUUUGGAGAAAUUUUGGAUAUAAGUGCUAUCCCUGAUUUGAGAAUGGUUCUUUUACCUGUCAGAAAUGUGCAUUUUCAGCUUGCGCCAGAGCAUGUCCGAGUUGCCCAGGAAAGGGAAACAUGGAAAAUGUGUGGCAACUGGUUAGCAGCUCAGCUAGUGUAGGCCUGUAGGUGCAAUUUGAAGGGUGUAUCUUUCUGAAACUUAUUCAUAUAUUCUGCUCUUAAAGGUAUUGUUAACUGUUUUGCAUUGCAUUGGAUGUGUACUUUGUUUUACAACACCAAAGUUAAGUGUAUAAUGUGUAUCUAGAAGAGUUUGGAUAUCUUAAUUUAUUUAAUGAGUUACCAUAAAAUUGAUCGUGAUA